AGUUUCCUUCAACUGCAGCAUUUCUUCUCAAGUUUCGGGUCUUUUGCUCUUCGUCACGAGUAAGCGCAAAAGACGCAUUUGAAACGCGAAACCUAAUUUUGUCUGCCAGUGUCAUCACAAUCAACCAGCUCGAAGGUGAUGGAAGCCGCCUCAGCCUCCUCCGCGCCUCUUCAUCCCUACUGGCCCAGGGAUCUUGUCAUCCCCGCGUAUGUGGCCAACGAUCGAUCCAUGGCGGAGAUCCUGACGUUCCUCUUCUCUGCGUCCUCCGCGUUCCUGCUCGGGACCUGGAUGAUCGCCGGCCGGCUGGGCACCCCGCGGCGCCUGGCCGUGUGCUGGUUCGCCCUUUGUGGCUUCAUCCACAGCGUGGUCGAGGGCUGGUUCUCUCUCUACUACGAUGUUAUCCCAGGAGAUCAAAGCUUCCUGUCGCAGUUGUGGAAAGAGUACUCUAAAGCGGACAGUCGCUAUGUCAUGCUUUCUUGUGUGUCCAGAGCUGAUAACUUCACUGUGUGUAUGGAGACGGUGACCGCGUGGUUGUGGGGACCCAUCAGCUUUUGGGCUGCGUUUGCCUUCUUAACGAACAAGCCCUACAGAUUUGUCCUGCAGCUCAUUCUUUCACUCGGCCAGCUGUAUGGAGCUGUGCUGUACUUCUUCUUGGAGCACAGAGAGGGCUACGCUCACAGUGAGCUGGGACACCCCAUCUACUUCUGGUUCUACUUUGUGUUCAUGAACGUUCUGUGGGUCGUCAUACCGCUGAUGCUCAUUGCGGACGCCUGGCGACAGUUGUCAGCCGCCCAGACGCGUUCGGAUGGGAGAAAGUCUCACAAGUCGAAGAGCCGAUAAGAACGAGAAAGCGCACCAAAGACACGUGACGAUGCGAAACGGUCGGUCCCGUUUGAUUGCAAUGUUUGUGAUGUGUGGGACUAGAUCUUUCAAUAAAACGU